GCCUAGGGAUUGAGUAGGCUGUCGACCCAGCCUGGGAGGCUCACUUCUGUGCAUUGUGUAGACAUACCCUAAGUGUGCCUUUGAAAAUCUGUCUUAAACGCCUUCAUUUUGCCAUCUGAGUGAAUUUGUGGAGAAAGCUGUUCUGUGAUCACUUUAAAAUAAAUUCCUGUUAAAAAAAUGCAUUCUUAUCUGUAAUUGCUUUCUAAAUAAAUAAUUUUUAUACCAAUAUAAAUAUUUUUCUGUCAUGAUCUGAUGCUCUCAGCACCUCUGAUACUCAAACCUGGUCAGCUCUGGCCUGCUUAUGGUAUCUCUCAGGCCUGGAGGAAGGAAGAUGGACACCAAUGGGAGUGGGCAGCAUGGAGACUCCAGCACUGCUGGGGGAGGAUGAAUGGGCACUCCAGUGAUAAGCGGCGAGGGGGGGGGGAAUUCUAGCCACCAGGGAUAGCGGCUGUUCCUGUGGAAAAACAGGAGGUGAACCCAUCUGCUAUGUGGUAAAACACUGGGAAAUGAGUCCUGUUGGGAGAGCAAUGGGAAUAUGAGUUAGAAUGACACCUAGGUGAACAGGCUCCUAGUGGGGUAGUUCAUGGGUGCAUAUGCAUUGUUAUAUUGCUGUCUGCAGGGUUGUAGCUAUCUUGGUCCCAGGACAUUAGACAGACAAGGUGGGUGAGGUAAUAUCUUUUAUAGGACCAACUUCUGUUGGAGAGAGAGACAAACUUUCAGUAGUACACAGCUCUUCAUCAAGUCUGGCUUCUUUAGACCUGAAGAAGCUCUGUAUAGGCUCAAAAGCUUGUCUCUUUCAGCAACAGAAGUUGUUCCAAGAAAAGAUAUUACCUUACCCAUCUUGUCUCUCUUGUUAUAUUGCUGUCAUUCCCAAAAGACCCAAUCGGGAUUAGGGACCUAUUAUGGGGGGUGCUGUGAAAGCACAUAGGAAGACAGUCCCUGCUGCAAAGAGCUUACAACAAAGUUGCGGAUGUGUCACUGUGGAAGGACUGAGUGAGCUGGAGGGAAACAGGUUGACUCUUGGAUAGGGGCUUUGCUGGUCACUGUAUGCAGAUUGGGAUGGCAUGAGACAUACGAGUGGUCUACACCUAGCUGUGCAAACUGGAUUGACAAGUAUCCCUGGCCUGGGGAUGAGCCUGGAAUGCCAGGGGUGACUGUUCAACUGCCGUGAGGGUUUAAUGCCUGGUUUAUUCCAGAGGCAGAGAGAGGAGGGGGCUGAGCCCUGGGUUGGUCAGUGUGUAACUCUCCCAAGCCAGCUAGCCCCAGGAGUUAGUGAGGAAGAUCAAAGAAUCUCAGAGAGGGACUGGAGACCAACAAAACUAACUUCUCCUUCCACCCCCACUGCCCUGGACUGAAUUUCCCACUUACCCUCAGAAACGUGGGCUGCGGGUGGGGAUAGGGGAUGUCAGGCCAGGGUAGAGCUUGGAUCCCACUGCAAGAGGUAAUGCUCAGGAGAGGAUGAUCCUUUGAGAAGAGCAGUGUUUGCCUGUAGGGCAUGAAGCCUGGGGAAGGGGCUCUGUAACAGGUGUAUGGGUAUUGAGGACUAGGGUCCAUAUUCUGGUCCCCACCUGACCACUGUAUGCCCUUAAGGCCGUGUAUAGGGGCUGUGAUAGACCAGGGAGCAUUCUCCUAGUGCAGGCUUCGAUGUAGGGGCUGUGCUGGAAGUGGGAAGGGUGUGAGGAUUCUGGGCUCCAGGAUUGUUGGGGUAAAUUAUAGCAGCUGCUAGGAUUCCUCUACUUUAUGCUGAGUGCCAUUCCAUUCCCUAUAACUAUGCUUUCUGUACAACACCUCUCUGGAGGCACAGCCCAGAAUCUAGUCCUAGGGAGCUGCACACAGAGCAGCUUCAUGCAUCCAGGAGUUGGGUUCCUGUGAAAGGAAUCCACUUCCCACUGGAGCAAAGGAGAGAGUGAGAAGACGAAACUAACGACAAAGACACUGCACAUAAAUCUGAGCAGGAACCUCUAGGUGGCAGGAGAGUCUAGAGAGAGCAAGCACAAGAGAAUCAGAGGAGUAUCCUACUCCCCUUUACUGCACCAGCUGCUGGUUUUAUUCUGCAGGAGAUGAUGGCUAUGUGAGGAAGGGCUCUCCAUGAGACUCACACAGUAGGAAAGGUUUGCCAUUGGGGAGAAAGUCCUGGGGGUAUGGGUUACAGCUGGGUAGGGCAGAAAAUGCAAAAGACAAGUGCCCAGUUAUUGGGGAUCUGCCCCAGAUCCUCAAAGGUAUUUAAGUGGCCUAAGUCCCAUUGAUUUCAAUGGGUUCUAUAUACCUUUGAGGAUGUGGUCCAAUGUGCCUGGAUUGAGAAGCAUUAAAGAAAGUUGUCCUACACAGGAAGCUCUGCAUUCAGGGCAGCUUCCUGCCUCACUAAAUUUCCCCAUUUUUCUCCCAGGAGUUGGGUUCCUCCAAAGAACCGAACUGCUCUUUACAACUCCACUUUCCUUGAGAUCUCAGAGCUUCUUCAGCCAAUGGGAAACCAGUUCCUAAGAACAUAAAAAACAUUGUCUUCUCAAUGGAUUUACAGAAUGAGAGGAGGUCUCCAGAGCACUUAGCCAGUGAAGAUGAGGCCCAGUUCCAUAUCCAUCAGGCAGACGGGAUCAGAAUCUGUGAUCACUUUCUCCUAGGAAACUGUCCUGAAGGACCUGGUUGCCCACUCCACCACACUCGCUAUCCCUACCACUGGCAGUUAAGGCGGAGUGACAACAAAGCCUGGCAGAGUUUGAGUGACUCAGCUCAGCGGCACCUGGAAAAUCUUUACUGCAAUGUUAACAAAAGUCAUGCUCAUUUUUUGGACAACAAUAAUUCUUCUGGGAAACUUGCCCUGACUUCCUUGGAAGUGAUAACCUCUGAGACCUAUGACAAAGCAAGGCGUCUUUCCAACACCUGUGAUUCACAGCAGAACCCCCAUUUCCCCACACAGUGGGCAGUGUUUUGGAAAAAUGGUGAUAAAUGGAUAAAAUACGAGGAGCCCGUCUUCAGUGAUCUCCUCUCUGCCUUUGAGGAGGAUAAGGAAUUGCACAACUUCGAGCUCCGGGGCAAGAACUAUAGCGUGGAUUUGAAGAGGUUUGUGCAACAUAGCAUGGAACGGGGAUACGUUCGCCACAUCCAGCGCCGGCCUUCCUACCGAUCACUCCUCAGUAUGAUGCCAUACCUGCAGAUGAUCUCAAGUAAAGCCAGUAUACCCUCUUGUCCUACUCAUGACAUCCCUGGGGAAGAUCCCACGGAUGGUUACUAUGGUCCAUACCCUGCUGCUUGGAUUCCACAGCCAACUGUUGAUCAGGCUUUCCUGCAAAUGGAGGUGACGCCAUCAGAAGCUGCAUACCGCUCUACUUGUGUUCUCUUCCACCAGUCUCUUCCAGAGGAUGAGGUCCUGGUGCUGGCAAUUUACAGGAUCCGGAACGAAGAUCUCUGGCAAAGAUAUACCAACCGGAAAAAAAUCAUGACUUGGGGAAGAACAAAGCUUGAGAAACUACAACUGGAGAAGCACCUCUUCUUUGGAACCUCAGCCAGAAAUGUGGAGCCCAUUUGCAAGACAAACUUCAGCCAGUUCCUGCCGGAACAGCACAGCCCUAUUUUUGGCCAGGGCAUUUAUUUCUCAUUGACAGCAGAUUAUUCAAACCGAUACUCCCGUGCAAAGAAAGGUGGGAUGCGCUACAUGUUCCUGGCCAAGGUUUUGGUGGGCAAGACUGUGGCUGGGAGAGCACAUUACCGCCGGCCCCCAGAACAGGAGCCUGGUGGGCAACUCUAUGACUCUUGUGUCAAUAGUGUGACCAAGCCCCAGGUGUACGUGGCCUUUGACAACUUCCAGUGCUACCCCUACUUUCUUAUCCACUACAAGCUCCUCUCUGACCCUGUGGAGCUGUACAGCUGAUGGCACAAGGAGGAGGGGCUUUUCUGCUCUCUCUGAAUCAUCCACAUAAUGACUUCUACCAUCAGAACAUGAAGAGGGUUGGGUUUAGUCCUUCCCUUUCCUUCGAGCUAUACUCCUUGUAAAGGACUUUACAAAUAGUUCCUGGGCAUACAGAGAGUGCUGGCUGCAAGUACGUGUAGGCUGGAAUUUUCAAAGGUGCCUAAGGGAAUUAGGCACCCAACUCCCAUUGAAUUAGAAUGGGAAUUUGGCACCUGAGUCCAAUUCAAAUUCAAGGGGAGUUGGAUACCUAGCUCUUGGGGUGGGAUUUUCAGAGGAGCCUUAAUCCUUUCAGUAUAGGAAAAACAUACCCAACUAAUUUCCACGCCAUUCCUCCACCACCUUUUUGAAUUCUCACUGAUGAUCCCCUCUAUUCUUUCCCACAAUCCACAUUUACCCACCUCUGACUUUACCCUGGUCACCUUCAAUUCAUUUCACCAUCCAUCUAAAUAAGAAUGGCUGUGUAAGAUGUCCCUUCUGGAUUCCACUAAAAAAAAAAAAAAAACAUUUUGUACAUUGGACAGAAGGAGGCACUGUUGCAUGAAAUGAAGCCAUUCUUUCUCAUCCUGAUCUCUGGAGGGUCUUGUGGACCAUGGCGUGUUCCUCAAAUACAUUAAAAAUGCCACCCUUACAUUUAUAUGAAAUAUCAACACCUUCCUCUCUCUAAAAACGCUCCUCCCCAUGUGAGUUAUCUGUCAGUAAUGACUGUUAUUCAGUGAAGCCAGC